AUGAAUCUAUCACGUCUUUUUACGGCUUUUCUUCUUUCUGCCCUGGCGGCAUCUCACCCCCUCCUGGAGAGAGAUGAGCUCCAGGAAAGAGCUCAAUUCCAAAAGACAGGCUUCAUCAUUGACCAGCAUCAUCGAGCAAGAGAUCUAAUGAUUGCAUUGGAGAAGACUGAGCGACAAGAUGCCAAAUUUAGGGAGAGUCUGUCUACAGACUGCGUCCACGCAGACAGAAUCGUCCAAGAUAUCCGGCAGCACGAGAUGAAAACAGUCUGGAACUUGAACAACGGCAGCUUCGCUGGCGAGAUGUUCGCCUUGGCCCGCCCAAAGAUCGCAAACACAACAUUGUGGAAAGUCGUCCAGCGCAUGCCAAAAGGCGCGCUACUUCAUGCGCAUCUCUCAGCCAUGCUCCCAUAUAGCACGUUGUACUCUUCCGUCAUCUCUGAGGAAGGCAUGUUGUUCACGACUACAAAGACCGUGGGCACCGCGGAAGGUCGCCUCGCAUCUCAACCUACAUUCUUGCCGCCGAAUACUGCCACCGUCAGCCAGUGGGCCAACAUCGCCUCCGCAAAUUACACAGGCCAGGUCGUGACUGUUAAGACGGCCAUUGAGCAGUUCCCUGGAGGAGAGGCUGCGUUCCGCGAGUUCAUCAUGAGCAAGUUGGUGCUUGCUCCCGACGUAGCGAUACAGCACGAAUUGGGCGUCGACGAGAUUUGGCGUCGAUUUCAGCCCUUGUUUGGUACCGCAGGGACCAUGCUAACUUAUGAGCCCGUCGUACGAAGGUUUUGGAGGAAUCUCUUUGAUGAACUCGCGAGAGAUAGGAUAAGCUGGGUUGAAAUUCGUUCUGGAGGCUCGACCGGCAAGCUGGUUCGGUCUGGAGCGUCAGCUUCUGACGAUAACAACGGUUGGAAGUGGUGGAGACUUAUGGAAGAAGAGCUUGAUUACUUCAGGGCCCAGCACAACAAUAUUACCCUACAACAGGACGCUACCCUAGCUCCCUUUUACGGUGCCAGGGUUAUCUGGGCAGACCAGCGAUCUAAAUCGACAGAUGAUAUUCUAGCAAGUAUGAAGAGUGCGUUGGAGAUGAAGGGUAACUUUUCAAAACUGUUCAGUGGAUACGAUCUAGUUUCACAAGAAGAUCUGGGCCGCACAUUGCUCGACCUUGCGCCGGAGCUACUGUGGUUCCAGCAGGAGGCCAAAGAGAAAAACCUCACGAUGCCUUUCUUUUUCCAUGCCGGAGAAACACUCGGCGAUGGUAACUCGACCGAUCUGAAUCUGUUUGACGCCGUUCUCUUGGGAACACGAAGGAUUGGCCACGGUUUCUCUCUGUACAAACAUCCCGAAUUGAUCCAUGCUGUGAAGAAGAACAACAUUAUGGUUGAGGUUUGCCCUAUUUCCAACGAGGUUCUUCAGCUGGCUACGGAUAUCCUGCAUCACCCCUUGCCAGCUAUGAUCGCACACGGUGUCACAACGGCUAUCAGCAACGAUGAUCCUGCAAUGCUAGGACAGGACGCUGCAGGGCUGAGCUAUGACUUCUAUCAGGUCAUUCAAGGGUUCGAUAAUGUUGGCCUCGCCGGGCUGGGUGCUCUUGCACAAAACAGCCUGCGGUGGUCUAAUUUUGAAGACCAAAAUGACAAGCAAUGGGAGUUGGAUAUCGACCUUGGUGAAGUAGGAGAGGGGACCAAAGGCCAACGCAUUCAAGAGUGGAACGUCCAGUUCGAUUCCUACUGCCAGGAGAUCGUCAAGGACUACGGCGCAGUAUAUGGAGGUUGA